AGCCGGCAAUAGCAGCACUCAGCUGCCCUGAUUUCCAGGCCUGGGCUUUAACCGCUAGCCCCUGCUCCCUCCCCUGGGUGUGGCUGCUGGGAUGCCAGCUGCACAAAGGGGAGGGAGGCUGCUUGGCCAGGUCGCUGGGGGCUAAUUAAGCCAUUGUGAGUGUGCUGCUUGGAAGUGGCACAGCAGAGGCAGGAGCUGUUUUCCCUGCCUGGAGCCAGCGGCCGCCCCAGCACGCAGACUCAGCAGCAGGUGAUCCCCUGAGACUGCUGGCCCCCACAGCCCACGUGGGGGGAGGGCGGGCAGGUGCAGCUACAUUGGGAGAACCCCACCCAUUGCUACCUCCUGGGUGAGAGAGGAGACAGGCAGUCCGAGCCAACAGCCAGGAAGCCCUCUGCAUCCUCACUGUCUGUCCAGUCGCUCAGCCUGCUCUGGGCCAGCCCGUGUUACGACAGGGAGCGUGGUCCAGACUACCUGGUGGAAGCCCAGCGAGUCGGGACAUAGGAGUGGCACACGCUGACCAGGACUUGCCCCCUAGCAGGGGCAGAGUUAUCUGGAGUCCCGAGGGGAGAACCAGUGCCAGGUCUGAGCCACCAGCACCUACGGGCUCAGCGCCCCCAGCCAGGAGUGGUUAGGAUGUCCCAAGGAGAAGGUGGGAGAAACAAGGAGGCUUUUGAAUACCAUGCCGUUACAAUAAACACCAUGGAGAAGGCUUCGGACCUCUACAUCCAGCUCGAGAAACUUGGGGCUGGGAAAUUUGGGAUGGUUUACAAGCUGCAGGAGAAGGCCACUGGGAAGAUCCGGGCAGGGAAAUACUUCCAGACGCGGACGCCCAAGGAGCGCGAGGCAGCCUGCGGGGAGGUGGAGCUGAUGAACCUGCUGCAUCACCCCAGGCUGGUGCAGUGCCUUGCAGCCUUCCAGAGCCGGGCGGAGCUGGUGAUGGUGAUGGAAUAUGUUGCAGGCGGGGAACUCUUUGAGAGGAUUGUGGAUGACGACUUCGAGCACACGGAGCCCACCAGCAUUCAGUACGUGAGGCAGAUCCUGGAGGGGAUCCAGUACGUCCAUCGCCAGAGCAUCGUCCACCUGGACCUCAAACCCGAGAACAUCGUCUGUGUCAGCACAAGCAGCCACUGGGUCAAAAUCAUCGACUUUGGCCUGGCACGGAGACUGGAUCCAAACAGCCCUGUGAAGGUGGUGAUGCACGGCACCCCGGAGUUCAUGGCCCCAGAAGUGAUCGCCUUUGAGCCGGUGGCAUUCACCACGGACAUGUGGAGCAUCGGCGUGAUCUGCUACAUCCUGCUGAGUGGGGACUCCCCCUUCCAGGGGAACAGUGACAUGGAGACGCUGCACAACGUCACGGCUGCCCAGUGGGAGUUUGAUGAGGAGACCUUCUCGGAGAUCUCCCAGGAGGCCAAGGACUUCAUCAGCCAGCUACUGCAGAAAGACAGGCGUUGCCGGCUGCCCAGCGACCAGGCCCUCGCGCACCCCUGGCUGCGGAAGACUGAGCAGAACGACAGGAAGGUUCUGUCCAAGGAGAGAAUGAGGCGAUUCCUGGUGCGCCAGAAGUGGCAGAAAACAGGCAACGCCGUGCUGGCCCUGCGGAGAAUGUCCCGACUGGCCCAUAAACUGGAUGACCCGGUGACCACCCCCAAUGUCCAGGAGAAGGGAGAGCUGGGCCACAGCCAGGAAGAGGAUCAGCUCUUCACUUUCCUGCCACAGCAGAUUGAGCAGGGGCCCAGCUUCUUGGAGCCGCUGAAGGAACAAGUAGCAGUGGAAGGCAGCAGUACCUCCCUCCAGUGUCACGUUGAAGGUUUUCCCCACCCGGAGAUGACGUGGCUCUGGAACAAUGCCCCUAUCCAGGAAUGUCCCCGGCUCCGCAUAGAUGAGGAGGAGAAUGGAAGCUGCUCCCUUGCCAUUGUGAGGCUCCCAGUAGAGGACACGGGGCACUACGUGUGCAGGGCCACCAGUGCCAUAGGGGAGACAGGAUGCAGUGCCAGGAUGACUGUACAGAGAGGCAGCAACAUGCAGAUGCCAAAUGCAGAGGAGGGCCCUGGAACUGACCAGCCGUGAGAGCAGCAGGCCAUGGGCUCUCUGCCUGGCAUUGGCGGCAUGGCUUACAGGAGGCGCUCUGUUUCCAGUCUGGCUCUUUCCCUCAUCCCUUGUUACUUUUAACUGCAUUGCUGAGCUCCGGGAGUGAACCUUGCUGCGACCUGCUUCCCACUGGGCCAGGACAUGGCAGGCAGCCACAGAGUGGACAAGAAGGGCCCAAUCCUGCCGUCCCCAAACAGGCAAAUCCCCAGUCAAUCCAUUUCAGUGUGCAGGGAGUCUGGCCUGUGAGGACGGCAGAUUCGAGCCUGAAGACCCUAGACUAGCCUCUUUGCUUCCACUUCCUCUCUGCCAGGCUGGGAACUCCCAGCUGUAGCGUGGACACACCCCCAGGGCUGAGAUGCCCUCUGGAGGACACCCCGUCCCCGCCCUCAGCCCCACACGGUGCCUUGGGAAGCAGGAGCAGGGGAGGCAGCGGGUGGGGGGCUGGUGCUGCCUGCCUAAGGAGGGUUCUGUCUCCCUUGGCAGUCUGAGUCCCAGGGUAGGCUCCAGGCCCCUGCCGCCCACGUCCGGAGCCCAGGACCACCACAGCUCCAGCAGGCGGGGGUUGGGGGGUGAUGCUGGCUGGGCUCUGGGAUGCUGCUGGUGCAACAGCUCACGUGCUCUGCCAGGGUGACUCCCUGCUGUGAGUGUCUCAGCCAGGAGUGAGGGGCGACAGGAGAGAAGAAUCACUCCAUCCCCUGCUCUCCCUGCAGCACGUUGCUCUUGGUCCCAGCACACAGGGGGGGCUGCAGGAUCAUUAUCCCCUCUCACAGCACACAGCUCUGGCUGGGGUCUCAGCGGUACGCGCCCCCCUCCCUCAGCCUCCUAUGCUGAGAGGCAGAUGGUGCCCUUAGGGAAUGCUUGCCCCCCUCUGGUCUCUUAUUGCCAUCUCUGGGGGGGAGAGGGCAUUUCCCCCUCUUGCUGUCUGUCCUACAAGGGUCUCCUUCCCUUUGAAGAGUAGAGCACCCCCUCCUGGCCCUUUCUCAGCCUCCUCACACCCUUUGGGUUGGGCCUCAGGGGAUGCGUCUCCCCCAGUUCUGUCUCAGGGGUGGGGGAAGGGGCAGAUAUUCUCUCCCUGGCGGGAUCUCUCAGGCUGAGCUGCUAAUUAAAGGACAGUGCCCCCCCUCCCCCCACACACACACACUCCUCAUCACAGUGACAGGCCAGAUCCUCAGCCAGCUCUGUGGAAAUCAGGGCCCAUUGGCUCCAUGCCCCUUUGCCUCAUUUCCCCUUCAGCUCUGAGUCAGUCCCCUGCCCUCUGCCCCUCUCUGAUGCUUGUCUCAGGAUGCAACAGCCCAGGUCAGUGCUCAGUGCAGAAAAUGCUACCAUUACCCUGCUGCAGCUAAGGCAGGGACACGCUCAAUGUGUCACAUGCUUGUAGGAGCUGGCAGUGCCGCUGGAAUCAGCAAUUAUUGGCCCCAUCAGAUGACAAACCCACAUCACCCUGGCCCACAUCGUGUGACUAGGACCAACACGUCAAGUCCAGCUUGUUCCAGCACCCUGCCUGUCACACCAUUAAUACCUGGGGGAAGGGGAAUGCUCGCCCGCUGCCCAUGAGAUCAUAACCAGCCAGCAAGGCCUGCACCCAGCAAUAACACAGAAACAGAGCAAGAACAAUACUGGGCCAGGGCUCCUUUCAAACAGCCCUUGCAACAAGCAGCCUGCCUGUGUCUGAAGCAGGGAGCUAUAGGCUGUUCUAUGGGAUUUGUUAACCACACGCCCUGCCGCUGACCCGCACUGCAGGCCCCCACGGAUUUCCAGUUCAGUUUAAUGAAGAGAAAGUUUUGGGGUAACUUGAUCCCAGUCUAUAAGUACCUGCAUGGGGAACAGAUAUUUAAUAAUGGGCUCUUUAGUCUAGGAGAAAAAGUGUAACAUGAUCCAGUGGCUAGAAGCUGAAGCUUGAGAAAUUCAAACGGGAAAUAAGAUAUAAAUUUUUAAAAGAGUCAUAAACCACUGGAGCAGUUUCCCAAGCGUUGUGGUGGAUUUGCCAUCCCUGACAAUUUUUUAAAUCCAGACUGGAUGUUUUUUCUAGCAGAUCUGCUCUAGGGGUUAUUUCGGGGCAGGGCUCCAGCCUUUGUUAUACAGGGGGUCAGACUGGAUGGUCACAGUGGUUCCUUCUGGCCUUGGGAUCUAUUAACUUUACACCCCAAGGCUCCAUGGGCUGUUCACAUGACCCAUCAGUUUUGGUUUUUCUCAGGAAUGGCUCAGUGUUUAUUACCAUUAAAAAAAAAAGGGGGGUGAAAACUGAUGCAAAAAUUAACGUCACAGUUUGCUGGCUAAAUUUCAGGGUUGACAUUGGGGGAUGGGAUAACAGAAAAAACAGAGUAACAAAUCAAAAAAAGUACAAGAGCUUCUGUCCCGGCUCCCUGGCCCAGCUAGAGAGGUGGCAGCUGUGACCCAGGCUCCUUAGCAGACGCUCCCCUGGUCUUUGCAAACAACUCACUCAUCUCCGAUUUGCCACACUCACUACAACACAUACAGCUUGCAGGGUAUUUAUCCGUCUCAACAGAAGAUGGGCGGGAUCAGCAAGGAAACCUACCUCUUGGCUGUCAGAAAGCACAGGGAAAAGUGAGAAAGCCAAGAAGAGCUGGGCCUUGCAAAGGGAAUUAAAACUGACAGUAAAAUGUUCUUUCACCAUGUAAAUAAAAAGAAAUCAAGGAAAGAAAACGUGCAGCUGUUAAACAAUGAGAUUAAAGAUAAUCUAGGCCUGGCCCAACAUCUCAACGCAUACUUUGCCUCCGUUUUUAAUAAGGGUAAUGAGGAGUUGAGGAUUAGCAGCAGGGUUGGUAAUGGAAACGAGGACACGGCAGUAGAAAUUACCACAUGGGAGGUGGAAGUCAAACAGCUUAAUGGGACUAAAUUUGGGGGACUCAGAUAAUCUCCACCCAAAAAUAUUAACUAACAGACCUGGCACAUGGAAUUGCAAGCCCAAUAGCAAGGAGGGAUAGCUCAGUGGUUUGACCAUUAGCCUACUAAACCCAGGGUUGUGAGUUCAAUCUUUGAGGGGGCUAUUUAGGGAUCUGGGGCAAAAAUUGGAGAUUGGCCCUGUUUUCAGCAGGGAGUUGGACUAGAUACCUCCUGAGGUCCCUUCCAACCCUGAUAUUCUAUGAUUUUUAAUGACUCUGUAAACUUGGGGGUUGUACCCUAUGACUGGAGAAUUGCUAAUAUAGUUCCUAUUUUUAAGAAAGGGAAAGGAAAAAAAUGAUCCAGGAGAUUACAGGCUUGUUAGUUUAACCUGAAUUGUAUGCAAGGUCUUGGAACAAAUUUUGAAAGAGAAAAUUGUUAAGGCCAUAGAGAUAAACGGUAAUUGGGAUAAAAUAAAACAGGGUUUUACAAAAGGUAAAUCUUGCUAGACCAACCGGCUCGCCUUCUUUGAGACAAUAACUGAUUUUUUAGACAAAGGAAAUGCAGUAUAACUAAUCUACCUUCAUUUCAGUAAGGCAUUUUAUACAGUUCCACAUGGGAAAUUAAUUAAAUUGGAGAUGAUGGGGAUUAAUAUGAGAACUGAAAGGUGGAUAAGGAACUGAUUAAAGGGGAGACUACAAUGGGUCAUACUGAAAGGUGAACUGUCAGGCUGGAGGGCAGUUACUAGUGGAGUUACUCAGGAAUCAGUCUUGGGACCAACCUUAUUUAACAUUUUUAUUAAUGACCUUGGCAAAAAAAGUGGGAGUGCAUUUUGUUUUGUAUGGUAACCAUUUGUUUCCACUACACCUCCUUGUUUCUAGUUAACUCUCCAUUCUUUCUUAAAUAAAUACCCCACCUUUUGUUUUC